CUUCCAAUAAAGGCUAGCCAGCAGAAUACCCACACCAAAGUCAGCACGGAGCACAACAAAGAAUGUCUCAUAAACAUUUCCAAGUACAAGUUUUCCCUGGUCAUCAGUGGUCUCACUAAUAUCUUAAAAAAUGUUAAUAACAUGAGAAUAUUUGGAGAAACCGCUGAAAAGAAUUUAUAUCUAUCUCAGUUGAUUAUCUUGGAUACACUGGAAAAAUGCCUGGCAGGGCAACCAAAGGAUACCAUGCGACUAGACGAGACUAUGCUGGUCAAACAGUUGCUGCCAGAAAUCUGCCACUUCAUCCACACUUACCGCGAAGGGAACCAGCAUGCAGCCGAGCUACGAAAUUCUGCCUCUGGGGUUCUUUUUUCUCUUAGCUGCAAUAACUUUAAUGCUGUGUUCAGCCGCAUUUCCACCAGAUUACAGGAACUGACUGUUUGUUCAGAAGAUAAUGCUGAUGUUCAUGAUAUUGAACUUUUACAGUACAUCAGUGUGGAUUGUUCGAAACUAAAACGACUCUUGCAAGAGACUGUAUUCAAGUUUAAAGCCCUUAAGAAAGUAGCUCAGUUAGCUGUUAUCAACAGUCUUGAAAAGGCAUUUUGGAACUGGGUGGAGAACUAUCCUGAUGAAUUCACAAAGCUGUACCAAACGCCGCAGACUGACAUGGCUGAUUGUGCAGAGAAGUUGUUUGACUUGGUAGAUGGCUUUGCUGAAAGCACAAAACGUAAAGCAGCAGUGUGGCCACUGCAAAUCAUCCUCCUGGUUCUGUGUCCAGAGAUAAUUCAAGAUAUAGUGAAGGAUGUGGUAGAAGAAACUAAAAUGAACAAGAAACUGUUCCUGGACAAUCUCAGGAAAGCACUUGCAGGCCACAGUGGGAGCAGACAGCUGACUGAAAGUGCUGCUAUUGCUUGUGUUAAACUCUGCAAAGCAUCUACCUACAUCAACUGGGAAGAUAAUUCUGUCAUUUUCCUACUGGUGCAGUCCAUGGUAGUAGAUCUUAAGAAUUUGCUGUUUAAUCCAAGCAAACCCUUUUCAAGAGGCAAUCAGAACGCAGAUGUAGACCUUAUGAUUGACUGCUUAGUUUCCUGCUUCCGCAUAAACCCUCAUAAUAACCAACACUUUAAGAUCUGCUUGGCACAGAAUUCCCCAUCAACAUUUCAUUAUGUACUGGUAAAUUCACUCCACCGAAUAAUCACAAAUUCUGCGCUGGACUGGUGGCCCCGGAUCGAUGCUGUGUACUGCCAUUCCAUGGAGCUCCGCAGCAUGUUCAGUGAGACGCUUCACAAAGCCAUUCAGGGCUGUGGGGCACAUCCAGCGAUUCGCAUGACUCCGAUGCCAACCAGUCACUGUUUUGCAUGGCAGUGGGCCUCUGUUGCUAGUCUCACAUUUAAGGAGAAAAUGACAAGCCUUAAAUUUAAAGAAAAACCUACUGAUUUGGAAACCAGAAGCUACAAGUUUUUGCUGUUAUCCCUGGUGAAACUGAUCCAUGCUGAUCCAAAGCUUUUGCUGUGUAAUCCAAGGAAACAAGGGCCUGAGACACAAGGUAGCACAGCUGAGUUAAUUACAGGCCUCGUGCAGCUUGUUCCACAGUCCAACAUGCCAGAUAUAGCACAAGAAGCCAUGGAGGCCUUGCUAGUUCUUCACCAGUUAGACAGCAUUGACUUGUGGAAUCCUGAUGCACCUAUAGAAACAUUCUGGGAAAUUAGUUCGCAGAUGCUUUUUUAUAUCUGCAAGAAACUAACUAGUCAUCAGAUGCUCAGCAGUACAGAAAUCCUCAAGUGGCUGCGAGAGAUUCUCAUCUGUAGGAAUAAAUUUCUUCUAAAAAACAAACAAUCAGAUAGGAGUUCCUGCCACUUCCUCUUUGUUUAUGAUGUCUCUGGAGGUGGAACUAGUCAAAUUUCUCUUGACCAUGAAGAGAUGAUUCGGUGUCCAGGAGCUACCCUCAGGAAAGGCAAAGGGAAUUCUUCCAUGGAAAGUACAGCUGGAUGCAGUGGAACACCAAUUUGUCGCCAAGCCCAAACAAAAUUGGAAGUUGCCUUAUACAUGUUUUUGUGGAGCCCGGAUAUCGAGGCAGUCCUUGUUGCAAUGUCCUGUUUCCGUCACCUCUGUGAGGAAGCAGAUAUCAGAUGUGGAGUAGAUGAAGUCUCAGUGCAUAAUUUUUUGCCAAACUAUAAUACUUUCAUGGAGUUUGCGUCUGUUAGCAAUAUGAUGUCGACAGGGAGAGCAGCUCUUCAGAAACGAGUGAUGGCAUUAUUAAGACGCAUUGAACAUCCAACUGCAGGCAACACAGAGGCCUGGGAGGAUACACAUGCAAAAUGGGAACAAGCUACAAAACUAAUCCUUAACUAUCCAAAGACCAAAAUGGAAGAUGGGCAGGUUACUGAAAGUCUUCACAAGACAAUUGUUAAGAGACGAAUGUCGCAUGUGAGUGGGGGAGGCUCCAUAGACUUGUCUGACACAGAUUCUCUUCAGGAGUGGAUCAACAUGACAGGGUUCUUGUGUGCCCUUGGAGGAGUGUGCCUGCAGCAUCGCAGCAAUGCAGGAUUGGCAACCUACAGUCCACCUAUGGGCCCUGUCAACGAGCGCAAGGGCUCCAUGAUCUCCAUGGUGUCCACUGAGGGAAAUGCAGAGAGUCCCGUUAGCAAAUUCAUCGAUCGAUUAUUGACUCUGAUGGUCUGUAACCAUGAGAAAGUGGGACUUCAGAUACGGACUAAUAUUAAAGAUCUGGUGGGUUUGGAGUUGAGUCCAGCACUUUAUCCAAUGCUGUUUAACAAACUGAAGAAUACCAUCAGCAAGUUUUUUGAUUCUCAAGGGCAGGUUUUGUUAACCGAGACCAACACACAAUUUGUAGAGCAAACCAUUGCGAUAAUGAAGAAUUUGCUUGACAAUCAUACAGAAGGGAGCUCAGAACAUCUUGGACAAGCUAGUAUUGAGACAAUGAUGCUAAACCUGGUUAGGUAUGUGCGUGUGCUUGGAAAUUUGGUACAUGCAAUUCAAAUAAAAACUAAACUCUGUCAGUUAGUAGAAGUAAUGAUGGAAAGGAGAGAUGACCUUUCAUUUUGCCAAGAAAUGAAAUUUAGGAACAAAAUGGUGGAAUAUUUGACAGACUGGGUUAUGGGAACAUCUAAUCAAGCAACAGAUGAGGAUGUGAAAUGCUUGACAAG